AAUAUGGAGUUGUAGCUGAGAUAAACAUUAACGACGAAGGCUUGACUAGCAUAUUAGUCUGCUCAUUUUCGCGAUUUUACUUAAAUUAAUCUAAAUAUAUGUACUCUGUUUAUUUAAAAAAAAAUUAAAUGAACAUAUUUUAUACCUUGGACACAAACUGCAAGCAGCAUAUUUUAACAGCAGGGGGAGAGCGCAACCAGCAGAUGAUAUGGUCUGCUUCUGAUGACAGCCGAGGGCCCGCACAGUGGAUCGGUCUUUCCGGGGUUCCAACAGCAAGACUAGUGUGCUUAAGGAGAGUCGAGAACCAUCGAUGAUAAGUUGGUAAAAUAUCUAUGCAACAUUUGCAUUAACAGCACGUGCACUGCCUUUCAAAAAGACGUCCAGUGCGGCACGGCAACAAGGAUUUCAGUUAGCCACCUCAACGGCUAACAGUUCGCAGCUAAAUAGUUAGCCACGACCGCAGACAGGUAUGUCUGAAGUUAGUCUUGAGGCUGAAGCGGGGAACACCUCAGCCGAGGACUCUCAGCUGGAUUGUGAGGGGGCUGACAAAGCGGACGAGAGUUUGAGUGAAGAUGUAAAACAGGAGAGUGUAGACAACAGUGGGGGAAGAGAUGACACGGAUGACGUCCUGUACGACAUUGAUAUUGACAGCGCUGAGGAAAAUGCAGAAAACAGUGACAAAGCUAUUCAGAGGGAGGAUGAGGGCAUUCAGAGAAAGGGUGUGGUGACACGCAGGGACAGUGAUGCUGCACACAGGUUUGAAAGUGCAGAAGAUGAGGGACACGUGACACAUCUUCAUGUUGAACCCGCUGACACACCAGAGGAAAGUGAAGAUUCUCACACUGAAACAAAGGAAAGCACAAUGACUGAGGAGUCCCAUAGAAGCUCAGCGGCUGAGAUCCCAGUCACCAGCAACGGGGACCUGGAUCAGAGCCCGGACAUGGUCUUCCAGAGGGACUCUUACCCCAGUGUCCCCGGGGCCCUAAACCUCUCAGAGUCCUGUGUCACCGCCGGCAACUUUGCUUCAACAACAGAGGGCAUCAUUGAAUCCGGACCGUACAAAGGGUCAGCAAGCCUGCCCACGUCUCCCGUGGCACCUGUAGCUCCCAGCUCAGCUGUUGCUAGCCGCCUGGCGCGCUCUUCCAGCGAUAGUCAGGCUGAGAAAGGCACGAUGAAUGCACAGCCACAGAGUGGAGCGGUAGUCCUUUCAGAUGACCUAAAGAGCCCGGCCAUGGAAAAACUGGACCUAGUGAGAAAGUGGAGCAUCAACACUUAUAAAUGUACCAGGCAGAUCCUGUCUGAGAAGCUGGGACGGGGCUCUAGGACAGUGGACCUGGAGCUGGAGGCACAAAUCGAAGUCCUCCGCGACAACAAGAGAAAGUACCAGAACGUAAUCAAGCUGGCUCAGACGCUGGCCAAUCAGCUGUCCCAGAUAAUGCAGACGCAGAGGCAGCUGGGUGACGCCUUCGCCGACCUCAGCCUCAAGUCACCAGAACUGCAUGAGGAGUUUGGCUAUAACGCUGACACCCAAAAGCUUUUGUCCAAAAAUGGAGACACACUGCUGAGUGCCAUCAACUUUUUCAUCUCCAGCGUUGACACACUCGUGGACAAAACGAUCGAAGACACCUUGGUUAAUAUCAAACAGUAUGAAUUUGCCAGGGUUGAGUAUGAUGCGUACCGUACAGACUUGGAGGAGUUGAAUCUGGGACCACGUGAUGCCACCACCAUGCCCAGGAUUGAGCACUCCCAGCAGCAGUUCCAGAUCCACCGCGAGAAAUACGAGAGGAUGCGAAACGACGUCGCCGUCAAGCUGAACUUCCUGGAAGAGAACAAGGUGAAGGUAUUGCAUAAGCAGCUCGUCCUGUUCCACAAUGCCAUAGCUGCGUACUACGCUGGAAACCAACAGCAGCUGGAACAGACACUCAAGCAGUUCCACAUCAAGUUGAAAAUGCCAGGUGGGGACAGUCCAUCUUGGCUGGAAGAGCACUAAUCGCUCCUUUUUGAAGCCACAGUGGCUCAGUGUGACAGAAAAUGUCAAAUUCUACAGAAACUACAGGAACCCUUCAACUCUACUGUCACUGCCUUUCACACUUGUAAAUCUUUUAACUCUUAACAAAAAAUGAAGAAAAAAAAGAAAAACCCAUACAAUCCAUUGUACUCUUGUUGUUUUAAUCAUCCUUUUCAUCUUGCAGUUAUUUGAACUCAUAGGAAACGCACUUUUAAACUGUUUGACAAAUCCGUUGAACAGGAGUUGCUGCAUUGAACACAUUUGGAAACUGUAAAUGGCCAACUGUAUUCCAGCAUAUGAAUGUUGUAUCCCAGCACGGCGGCUAACUUGGCUCUGUAGUGGCAGCUACGGGAUCAAAACGACUGCCGUUUGCUCAUCAUAUACUGCACUCUGCUCAGUUGACUGAGAUUGGGAUGAAUGCUUUAAUAAAGUCUAAUCGGGAAGCUUCAGUAGACUCUGAACAUGAGUUUACAGGGUGAAGUGGCAUUCAAGAUUUAGGAGUCAUGCGAAUGCAAACUGGUCACUUUUACAAUCAAACUCAUAUUAAAAUGAUAGUUUGACAUUAUGGGAAAUGCGCUUAUUUGCUUUUCUUUGCUGAGAGUUUGUUCAAUAUAAGGCUACAGCCAGCAGCUGGUUAGCUUAGCUUAGCAUGAAGAUUGGAAACCAGGGAAACCGGCUAGCCUGGCUCUGUUCAAAUGUAAGACACAUUCUGGUGCACCUCUAAACCUCACUAAAACCAAAGUGUAAAAAAUCAAGUUGUGGUUAUAUUGGAGGCUAUGUGCCCGAGGACAGAGCCAGGCUAACAGUUUUCCCUGAUUACAGUCUUCGUGCUAAGCUAAGCUAACCAGCUGCAGGCUGUGGCUUCAUAUUUAAUGCAUACACAUGAGAGUUGUGUUGAUCUUCUCAUCUAACUCUACGUUCCCAACAUGUCAAACUAUUUCCUUAACUUGAUAUGUUAAAAUCAUAUUGAUGUCCGUUCACAACAAAUCAUGUAUGUUGUGAUAUGAUUAUGUUGACAGGACGCUACUUUUAAUUUAUAUUGCCCUCUGUUUUUUGUUUUUUUUGGCAUUUCCCUCUUUUGUCUUCAUUCGUGGCAUAUGACUGAAUGGGUUAAAGAAUGAUUCUCUUCCAGAGAGAUCGAAGGACCAGCCUUACUGUAUGAGACUAAAUGUGCCUUGACUUUGUUCUUCUCUUCCUUCCCUGUGCUUUGAUAUCUGGUCUUGUUGUUGAAAACGGGCGCUCUCAUUACCAGUUUUCGGGACCAACUCUCGCAGGAAGAGAAGGGACCAAACACACACACACAUACACACACUCAGAGGACGGUACAGUUAGAGCCUGUACAACUGUACAUGUAAGAAAUAUGAUAGCUGUGUUAAAAAUAAAUACUCUACUAACAUGCGAAAGGUUCAAAUACAUUUUAAGACUUGCUGUUCUCAAAGAUAUUUAUCCAUAUUGCACAUAUGCACAUUUAUGCAUUUGAGACGAAUUACAAAAAAAGUUGUAAGAAGUGUAUGAUAUGUAAGGUGAAAACCAAAAUAUGAUUAACUUGGGAAACUUUUUUUUUUUUCUUUUUUCAAAAUUUUGAAAGACCAGCAUCCUUUGUCUGAGCUUCUAAAGGUUUUGUUCAUUGGGCUGCAUGAAAGUAUAUUUUUCAAAGAGGACAUAUUGUACUCUGGUAUUGAAAACCAGCUGUCAUGACCUCACUUGGUUGAUUUGUACUUUUCCUAUGGCUCACCAUAGCAGUUUGAGAGUGUGAAUCUUGUACAACAAUCUAUUGUUUCCCUGAAAUAGAUGGAUAUAUAUUUGUAAUUUUCUCUAUUUUACCUUAAGUAUGUAGUUUUUGAUUUUGAUUUUUUUUCCUGAAGACCUACAUAAUGAUGUGCUAAUGGGACUCUACCUUUUUUGUAAUAAUGAAACAUUAACAAAUGUUGAGUUAAGAGAAGGAUUAUGAAUGUUGUGUAACCUCUUUGGGAAAAUAAAAGAUUCUUUUCUUUA